UAUUGAUAUAUUGAUUUUUAACUUCCUAAAUUAUUGUCUUUAUUGAGUUUCUUUUGUUCUUAUAAUUAUUGUUGGAACGUCAAGGGUAUGUUCAAUUAGUUAAAAGAUAAAUCGACCUAUUUCAAUUGGUUGGUUAGUAAUAGACGCGAGUCACUAUACGCCAAUAUUUGUAAGCCUGUGUUUGUGUGAGUGAGCUUUGUACGCGUGACCUCGAAAAAGGAAGGACAAAUAUCUUGCCGUUCUAGAAGGUUGACGUCAUUCAAUAUCGUGGCGAGGCGAGAGCGCAGCGCACCAACCUAGCGAGACAUUGUGAAAUGUGAACGGCCACCCACUGCUUGCAUAUCUGUCCGUAUCUAAUAAUUUACUUGAAAGUUGUGGCUAUGAACAGUUAGUCAGUAGUCUAUUGACUCCUGCCAUACAUGUUGAAUUCAAAACUGCGCAAUUUUCUUAAAUUAAUUUGUGAUACCUACCUGGAGAAAUCAUUCCAAUGACAAUCGACUCUAUCGUUUCCUCGACGUUUAUUAGUGAAAAUAUGGCAGAGUUAGCAACUAAUAUAGAAGACCUAGAAGACGGUGAGAUUGAAAGUGAUGGUGAGGAGUCCAAGGAAAUUCAUACUGAAGUAAAAAGUGAAGAAGCAGUGCCCGUUGUUGAAACUGUCGAUAAAGAUGAGACAGAAGUUCAAAAUUUUUACUUUUCAAAGUCAGGUAAGAAAAAGAAAUCUAAAUCAAAUAAAAGCGGACAAAAACUUAAAGAUAAAAAUAAAAAAAAUCGUAAAUACGUUAACUCAGUAGAUGAAGAUUUCGCUGGUAGUGUUGAAAAAGCUAUAAGAAAAGCCUUGAAUAAAUCGAAUGCUAAUGAAGCUCUAGGUGAGGAAGAUGUUGAGGAACGCCGUAAACAUAAGAAACGAAAAAAAUACGAUGGGAAAGAGGGACAAAGCAAAAAACGUAAAAAGCAAGAUUAUUCAGAUGAAAUGGAUGAGAGUGAAAUGAUGUGCAUUAGGGGAGCGUCACCAGUUCAGAGACAGUCUCCUCAAGAAGUGUAUCAAGAUGGAGAUAAGGAAUCUUAUGAAUCUGACAGUAGCCAUGAUUCCAGAGGGCAUUCAACCCAUCGACAACAAAGACAUAGACCUCAGCGUGAAAGAAAUAAAAAUAAAAAUGACAGACGACGAGGUAAUCACCAAAUCCAAGACCCUGAGGGUGUUUGCUUGUAUUAUAUGCAAGGGAAAUGUCAUAAAGGUGACGACUGUAUUUAUUCCCAUGACGCUCAACCUCCGCGGAAAAUGGAAUUGUGUAAAUUUUAUCUUAUGGAAUGUUGUGCAAAGAGAGAUAAGUGUUUAUAUAUGCAUGCUGAUUUUCCAUGUAAAUAUUACCAUACUGGGCUUCCUUGUAUAUAUAAAGAUGAAUGUAAGUUUGCACAUGGCAAACCUCUUAAUGAGGCUCUCAAAAAUAUUCUACUUAAGCAUAUUGAAUCAGCUCCUAAAGAAAUUUUAGGUGAUUUUCCAAGAUUAAAUAGGGAAGGAGCGAUGAAAAUGAUUCAAACUACACAAUCUAAACUAAUACAGCAGUUUUCAGAAAAUACAGAUGUUCAAGUUAGGCAACCUAGUAUACCUUCACUUUUUGAUUUUAAUAUUCCAAACCCGUCAAAUAAUUUUGAUUCUGUUCAAAGUAACCAGUUCCUUAGUGAACGACAAAAUAAAAUUUCCCCAAAAGUGCGUCAAUCACGGUGGCAGAACGACGAACAAAAUUCAAACUUAUCUCCAAAUAGUAAUGUAGGUACCAGUAACGUAUUAUGUAUUAAAAAUUUGAACGGGGUAUUAUCACCCAGACAAAUUUUAGAUCUUACUAAAAUGGGUAUUGAAAAUCUCGAUCAACUGGGUCAAUUGACUGUAUUACAGCUAAACAGUAUUGGGAUAUCAUUAAAACAAAUAACCGAAAUUCAAUUGAAUACAAUGAAUAUACAAAAAUUUGGAUUAAUUAAUAAUAUCGAGCAACAGGCUCAAUAUGUUGGGUCUAACGUUGUAAAAGAUUUGGAUCUACGAAUUCCACCUGCACCACCUACAACAAAUAGUAUGACUACGAUGCCAUCUGAAUUACCUGAACAAGAUAUUGAUAUGCGUUUUCUUCCAAGUAUAACUGGCGUUAUAGGCGUAAAUGAAGACUCUUCUGUCAGUAAACACAUAAAAAAGGAUCCAUUUAGUAAAGAUAUGAUUGAUAUCGAUCAGUAUACUAAAGAUGCGCUUAAAUUUGCUUCUAAAGAUAAAGAAAAUAUUGAUAUCUCAAAUGAAGCCUUGGAUAACGAGAAAGUGAAAGAUGUUGACCACAGAGUGCUCCCUUUUGUAGAAGCCAAUCCAAGCCUCCAACCUGAUACAGAAGAACAUCUAUUACACACAGAAGGUGAUACUGACAUUCGAUUCCUGCAACCGGACCCCAUUUUCAAAAAUGUUGAAAAAAGGAACCGUCGCUCUACUACUGAUGAUGACGAGGACAACAAUUUAUUGAUUGAUGAAAAAUGGUAUUCAAGCGAUGAAGAGAAAGGUAACAAAAAGAAGUCAUAUAGUACUUCACCACAAAAAGCGCUAAUGUCUCCACCCGCACCUCAUGCUGUAGAACCAUCGACUGUUUUAAGUAAACUUGGAGAUCUUUCAAAAAUUGACAUCAGCGAAGAAGUCACAAAACUGUUAAAUACUAUGAAGAAUAAUUUACAGGAUACCAAAUCAAACACCCAGGAGCCGACAGAGCAAAACGUAUCGCGAGAUCCUCGCUCCAGACGAUCUCCAGUUUCUGCUACUGAAAAGGUAAUAAAAUCCCCCCCUAGUAAAAAACCUCCGCGGGUGUCAAUUUAUGAAUGUGUAGACGGUGAACCAACUGACGGACGAAGAAGGACGGAUGUAGAUUUAAGGCAAACAGAUUAUAAAACUCCAAGCUUUGGUGAUACAGAUUUGAGGCAGAACUUAAGUGGUGAUAUUGACUUGCGUUUAGCAAUACCUUUUAAAGUGAUGUCUAAUUACACGCCGGCCUCUGAGAUUAAUGGUUCUAUUAAUAGUCACCCUCCGAUUUCAUACAAAUUAGUCCCAGUGCAUAUUCCGCGACCUGACUAUACUGAUAUUAGAAAUAGCACAGCCAAAUCUCAAGCUCUGACGGAUCCUAGGCUAAGAAAAGUCUUUAGACUAUCAGUAGAAGAUUCGAAUAGCGAUAGUGAAAAGCCUAUUAAACCUGUAAAUACUGGUCCACGAAUAGAUCCACGUAGGAAACCAAAAGAAAUAAGUCAAACUGAAAGUUCAUAUCAAGAACAGAAAAGUAAUUCAUUAGAUAUACACUCAGUUUUACAAAAUUCUACUUGGUAUAAGGAAUUAAGCUCUACGCAUAAAAUUUUUGUUAACCAAAAUUUAGCACCUAUUACUCAAAUGAUAAAACAGUUCCAGCAAGACCAAAUGCCAGGUAAAAAAAUGGAUGUCACUUCAUUUCAAAACAAUACCAUAUUAUGUAGUAUUUUUAACAAUUUAGGCAUAACACUAGGCGACAAUGGUGAAUUUUCGUAUUUACCGAAACCCAAAGAGGCUUUAUUAAAAACCCCUAGUAAUUUCAAUCAGAAUACAAACCCAUUCGCUGCCAAUAAUAUGCCAGGAGCUCCGGGCUCAAUGGAAGGUAAUAUGAAUAUUAUGAACAUGCAAGCUUUGAGUGGGAUGAAUCCUAUGAAUCAUUUACAUGGUUUUAAUCAGGGUUUAUCUGAUCCUAGAGGCGGUCCUACGCCGGGCCUUUUAGGCAUUGCACCGAACAUGCCGCCUCAUAGCUUUAAUAAUAACAAUAAAUUUGGAGGUCCCCCUAAUUUUGGUAAUAUGGGAUUUAACGGUCCUCAAGGUGAUUUUAAUUAUAUGGAAAACGAGCAAAACUUUCAAAGAUUUCCUAAUAGAGGCGGACACCGCGGUCGCGGAAAUGAUCGAUGGAAUCGCGGAGGUUCUGGAAGGGGUCAUAGAGAUCGGAAAAAUUUCAAUGAACGUGGCAAUUGGAAAAAUGAUAGGCAUUAAAUAUUAAUAGGUAUAUAUAAAUUAUUGUUAUUGAAAAUUACCCUUCCACAUAUUGCAAAGUGUGAUUAAGGUGAUAAUUCUAUUAGUAACAGGCUUGUAAAGAUAAAGUUUUUUUUUAUAAUUUAUUUAUCCUGAUAGAGUAAGAUAUUCUGUACAAGGUCAUAAAUAUAGCAAAUAGUGUAAAUAUUUUUGGAAGUUAAUCGAUUCGUUCUAGUUUUCUAAUUGAUAAGGUUAAUUGUAUAAAAUAAAUAAUAUUAUGUUUAAAAUAGACGAAAGCUAUACAUAAUUAAGUUAAUUUUUUUCACUAAGAAGUACUCAUUAUACGAGCCAAAUGUUUUAAGACUGAGUGCAGGUUAUAAUCGAGUUAUUGUUUUUAAGUAUGUAGGAAUUAUCGUGAUCAAACUACCUUUUCCGAACUAUGUGAUAAGUGACUGCAUACAUAAUUAGUACUUUCGAGACAAAAUUCAGGCUGAAAAAUAGUAGAGACAUAAGUGAUUAGAUUUGCGAUUAGCUUAGAUUAAUGUUAGAGACGUGGUCAUCAUAAAAAGGUUUCCUGUAAUAGUGUCCUAAUCGAAAGCAAUAAUAAUAAAAAAUCAAGUUUUGUUAAAUAGAAAACGUUUAACUUCCGUUCUUUUUGAAUAAUGUAAUGUAGGUAAAAGUUGUAUUGAUUAAAGCCUACUCGAUUUAAAAUAAACAUAUCUUUA